UGAUGAUACGAGGCCAUAUAUUCUCUUCGGUGUGUUUUUAUGGCUGGGCUCCUUCAUAGGCGCAUUCUUAAUGGACUACAUAGGACGCAAGAAAUUGAUGAUAAUUGGUGCCCUGAUUUGUGGUAACAUGGCAAUUGGUGCUGGUGUUGUAUAUAACGACGUUUUAAACUUUUUGUAUUCAACUAAAAUGGGAAAGCUGUUAAUUCUACUCUUCGUGAUGGAACUGUUUGCGGGCGUUUUCAGUAGUUCAUCUUCAGCUUAUCUAACGGAGGCAUUUCCACUGCAUCUAAAGACUUACUACAUUGCUUUAUCCUACACGGUGCAAAUGUUGGUGUUGAUCAUAAUUACCUCAUGCAGUUAUGAUGAGAACAGUUUGGGCGCAUACUUUAUUACAUUUGGCGUAUUUUACGUAGUAGCAUGUUUACUGGGUUUAUGGUGUAUGCCUGAAACAAGGAAGCUUACCUUGCGAGAAGCACGAAGGAAAUUCGCACCAGUUUUAUACAGUUGGAAUGAAUAAAAUAAAACAUAGUAUUCCUUAACAGAAACUGUGAAAAUUAAUAUUUCAAUCGUUGCGCGAUAUUUAAAACAAAUCAACAAACUUUGGUAAACAUUUCAAGUUCUUUAAGUAGCUUACUUCAAACUUGCACUUUAUUAUACUAAAAUGUUAUGCGCUACAAAACUGCCUAUCGAGAGCUUAUAUUCAAUACAACGCAAUUUUCAGCAAAAUUAGAUUGAUGCUGACCUUGAAAAUCGCUUGUUAGAAUAAUUUGUUAUCUAAUUUCGUAAUUCAAAUUAACCUUAGGGAUGACAGUUAAGCCUCAGAUGGAUUCUAAUAUCAGCAAGUAGUUUUUGUGAAAAUUGCAGAUGUGUAGGCUGUAUUGAAUAUAAGAAGAUAUUCAAAAACUUUCUUAGGAAUUCAAUUAAAAAUAUUAAAAUUUUGACAAAGUCUGCUGAUUUUUUUUUAGUAUAGCACACAGUUUAAAACUUGGUCCUACAUGGUUUUUGUUGUAAAAUUAAUUUUUUUUUAUUAAA